AUGAGACUAUGGGAUCUCGGAGGCCCUGUUUGUCAUCCAUUUGGCCACAUCACUGACGGCAGAUGUUGUAGGAAAACAAGCCAGCUUGAAGAGCGCCUCAACCGCCUGGUAAACACUCUCCGAGUAUCAGGAAAUGUGUCCGCCCUCCCGACCGGCCCGUCCACCGGCCAGCCAGGCCCAUCAAGACAAUCGUAUCCAAUCUCGGGCCCGGCCUUCUCGCUGCUCUCUGGACAACCAACACCGGAUUUCUACACGCAGAGCCGAGUCUCCCCCUGGGACGUCGAAGACCUCGCGGAUGCCAGACCCAUCAACAUCCCCGAGACUUACAACUCCUUCGUGCCCCCGACAUGCAUAUGCAAGCCCGAACCGGGGGAAGCUCCACCGCCCCCCGACACCGACGAGAACCUCCUCAAAAUCUACCGCACGAAGUUGGCGCCGUGCUUCCCCUUUGUGCUAGUCCCCGAUGAUGUCUCCGCCACUAUCCUUGGCGCGACUAGGCCUUUCCUGAUGGCUGCUAUCCGCAUGGUCUCCUCGUACCGGAGCAUGAAAUCGAUGCGCGGACAGAUGUAUCGUCUUCUGAACCACGUUGCCGACCACAUGCUCUUGCGAUCGGAGAGGUCCUUUGACUUGCUGCUUGGGUUGGUCGUCAUGCUGGGCUGGUUUCAUCAGCACUGCAUCGCUCAUGCUCAGCUCAACCAGCUCGUCUCGCUGGCCACUUGCCUUGUUGGAGAGCUGGGGCUGAAGAGAAGCCCAUGUCUCCCGGAACGGACUAGGUUGUUAGUCAUGCGUCCUCGGGAGUUGCGGGAACGCACAAACGAGGAGCGAAGAUUGUUGUUGGCGGUAUGGUAUCUAAGCUCGUGCAUCUCGAUGGAUAUUCACCAGAUCGACUCCAUGAGAUAUUCAGGGUACAUGCAGCAAUGUUUGCGAGAACUUGAAGAGGACGCGGAGUUUGAGUCAGACAUCCAUCUCGGAUACAUUGUUCGCAUCCAGAGACUCUGCGAGAGGAUCUCUGACCUAAGGUCAAAAGACUACCUAGACGAAGAAGGGGACGAGAGCACCCGAGCACCUCUUUCAGCCUACGUCUCUGGUUUCAGAGCUGAGCUCAACAAACUCCAGGCCAGCAUGCCUCCUAGCUUGAAAAACAACGCUUACCUUCAAGUAAGGAUGGCCACCCUACGUCUACGCAUCCACGAGCCCCCCAGAAUCGACGCCGAGUUGCUCGCCUCUCUUUCCAAAUCACUCGACUCGAUCAGCGCCGGAUCGACAUCGGCCCUAGACGCCUUUUACCAAUCUAACGCAGCCCUCAAGGCGUGGUUCGACACCUGGCUCUCCGUCCCAAAAGACUUCUUCUACUGCAUCCCCAUCUCGAUCGCAUCUCACAUGGUCUACGCCAUUAUGAUGAUGAGCCGAUGGUCCUGGCUGACAACGACAGGUCACCCCCCGCCGGAGCCGCGGACGGAGCCCGAACCCGUCGAUCCGUCAGACGGUAAUCCCAACGCCGCCCUGGCGGCUAUGGAAGCCGCCAUCAGCCCCAACACGCCCGCGUCGACGUCGAGCCCGUCGACCGGGGGCACAAAGGCCUCUUCGCCGUGGCAGACGACGUUGCCAGACAAGGACCUGCCUCAGGUGCUAGCGGCGCUCAAGGCACAACUCUCCACGCAGCCUGACCUGAUGCUCGACGUGGAGGGGUACCUGAACCGGACCAUUGCGCAGCUGCACUCCAUUGACGCAGCCUAUUCUGAGAUGUCGGUCGACGAGGGCGAGUGGCGCGGCAACAUUUGGAGCCUGGGCGCGACAAAGGUGAAGAUUGCGAUGCUGAGACAGCAGAGGUGGUCCAAGAUUAUUGCCGCACAGGCGGAGGAGCGGGAGCUGGAAGUACAGAGCGGAAGAGGAGGAGGAGGAGGAGGAGGAGGAGAGCAGUUUGGGAUGGGCGAGAUUGAGAUGCAGGAGAACUUUCUCGCGUCGUUGCAGAUGCCCGAGUGGGAUGCCAGCAUGGUUUGGAACCCGCCGACGUAUUUUGACACCUUGUCUGAGGACCAGGCGCUCUGGACGGAUAUAAUUCCAGGGGAGCAGGACUGGGGGUUGGGUGGAAUGGGAGGGAUGGGUUCGCUUGGACAGAUGCCAGAGAGUAGGUAUAUGUAG